AUGUUGUUCUCGAUAACCUUAACUGCUCUUGUCAGUGCCGUAGUCAUCUCGACUUCUGUGAUCUUAUUAAUAUCCAAAAAAUGCUUCGAGACUGAAGAACAGGAAAAUCGACAAACAAAUGAAAAUUCGGAUCAAUAUUUAGAAGAAACAAAUGAAGCAAAUAAUCAGCAAAAUGAUUCACACUCACAAAAUCAAAUAAUUCGACAAAAUAAAAAAUUUGUAAGUUCACCAUUUAUAAUCAAAGAAAAACAACAAAAACGGAAUUCGGUGAUAGCAAAACAACAUACUAAAUUAGAGAGCAUUACCGAAGAAACGGAUGAUGAAAUAAAUAAUGAAGGAACAAAUGAUGAAUCAUUAUUGACUCAUGAUGGGAAUGCUGCUCGUCGAUCUAUAAAUUCCAUGUUGGUAUCCAGAAGAAAGCAACAAAAGCUAAUUAAGAUCUCAAAACGAUAUAGCAGCAUGGAAAGUAUUAUGGAAGAAACAGAUGAAGAAUAA